GAGUGGCUUGGAUGACUUGGAGUGGCACGAAGUGGUUCAGAGUGCCGUGGGCUUAAGGAAACUUAAGGAAUUUUAUUAGGAAUUAACAAAGUUGUCUUUCUCUAUCUUUUUACUGAACAGGUCUGUGACAUGAGUAAGUUUUCAAUUUUUCCAGAAUAAAGGGCCGAACGGAUUUUGAUUAAUUUUAGUACUAAAGGGUUUUGAGCGAUGUUCUGUCUGAUGGCAAAUUCAAAAUAAUUUAAAAAUUGCCGAGAGUAGGGAUUUCAGAAAAUCAAGGUUUUUCACUCAUCCAUUUACAUAAAAUAAUUUUAUUUCGAUUUUUUCUUCGAUGCGUCUGCUUGGAACCGAAUUUUUCUAGUACGAAUUUUUGGUAGAAGAGCGUUUGCGUUAAAUCUUUACUAAAUCUCCGCAUGAAGCUAAAACGCUACAAACCCUUACGAACUCACAUCUUAACAUUCAUCGAUCAUCACUUCGUUGUUCAUCUUUAUUCCGAAGGUGAAUCGUUUAACAUUAUACAAUUUUAUAUUAAUCAUUGUGGGUGUAGCUACCGUAUUAGAACCACUAGUUAGUACAAAUAAUCUUUCAUUACAUCUGAUCUAUGGUGCCACAUUCGGCUUUUUUACUGGUGGUUACAUAAGUCUGAGACCAAUUGUCUUAGUUGAUUUAGUUGGUUUAGACAAAAUGUCAAAUGCAUAUGGUUUCUUGUUAUUCGUACAAGGUAUUGCUGUUCCAAUUGGUUUACCAUUUAUUGGUUUCUUACGUGAAAAAACUGGUACAUACUUAGUCCCAUAUAAUUUAAAAGUCCGUAAUGUGACUGAAUGA